AUGGACCUGCAGAAGCUCGACGCGGAUUUCCAAGCGCAGAAGCUUGAGAACGAGCGCCUUCUGGCGCUUGAACAGGCCAAAGCGCUCCUGGUUCAACGCAUCGACCAAGCUCGCACUAACAUCGUCGAGGCAAGUAGCGCCGUGGAGGUGACUUUGGGUGAGAGUCCCACUGUCAACGCGUAUCUUGAAGCAUUCACGACUGAAUGCGCGUUGCUUGAGAAAGCCCGGUGCGAACUUUUGGAGUGGUACGAGAAGAAGGCUGGACCGACGCGUCUUGCAGAUGCACAAGAAGCCACGCGCAAGAUGCUCAUCGACUUCCAAGACUCUAGCAAGGGGCCCACGAUGCAGUUCCGAGGUCAAACCUUCGUCAUCUCGCUCCUCCCGGCCGCCCUACAUAGCACGUCCACGCAGGAGAAGCCCAAGCUCAGUUCUACUGAUGCGAAGCUCGACGCCUCUACCUUGGUUGACUCGCGCCCGCCGAAGAGAGCGCGCCACGGCGACACCAUCGUUGUCGCACCGCUACCACAGAGACAACACGCAUUGUCCGAUGAGGAGUUUCUCCACCAACGACGUCUCCGACUGCGCAGCCGAGCUUCGCUGUCUCUUGAAGAGGUCCAAAGCCGUCAAGGCUUUGUCUUCGAGUAUCCUGGUGGCUCUGGUCUGAUGUGUGCAGUCAAGUGCUUUACUUGCGACUACAUGAGCAAGGUAGAUCCCGAGUCGCCCAUGACUCUCGUCGGAUGGAAGGCCCAUUUUCAUCACCACAGUCACCUUAGCAAGACCGGAGAUACGGUUACAGAGCUCACUUUUGAUGAGAUCAAGGAGAGAUACUCCCACAUCGUCCAGGACGCCACGCAGGAUAUGGCCUCUGCCAUCAACGAGCAAAUUGUUCGCAGAGUUCCUCUGUCGAGAGAGGAGUACCAAGCUAUUCGAUCCAGGAGAUCCCAGUCAGCCAGCUCACCUGAGAUAUCCCAGAGAUUAAUGUUGCCUCCGAGAUCUCAGCGACCCACAACCUCGGGAUCUCAACGAGCAAUGCUACCUGGGAAACCGCAGCGUUGGGCCGAGUAG